UGAACGAGGAAGCUAGUUAGCUGCUACUAGUAAAGUAUGCUAAUAGGGCUCUAACUUUUGUUAUUGUAAUUGAAAGGUUUCAGAAGACUUAAAUCACCUCUCCAUGAGUGCGAGGAUACUUUACGUUUGAACGGAAUUCAUGUUUCAACGGGAACCCGUUUUCCGAGUAUGAAACAACCGAAUUUAUGAGUUAGCGCAUUGGUAUGUUUACAAAACAGGUGAAGCUUCCCAUCCGAAAGUUAGCUAGGCGAGCUAGCUAGCUAUAUUAAGCCAAUUAGCUAGCUAAAUACCAUAACUGAAAGUAAAAGGUGUUGGAUAAUGCCCUACUAUAUAUAUUUUACCAAUCUAGAUUUACAAAUCUGGUUACAGUAAAUUGCUGAAGUUGUAGCUAGUAGCAUAGCUAAAAAGCUAAAUUAGCUAGCUUGUGAAUGUUUUGGCGCAACCCUCAGGUUCUCACGCGCAGAACUGUGAUUACUGUUACACUGAAGAAGAUAAAGUAUGUCAAUCAAAGAAAUAGUAUCUAAAAAGACUACGAAUAGAAUGGGAAAACACGUGAUAUUGUUGUUGUUAUGACGCCAUUGUGUGCCACUGUUGACAUCAUCACAUUAUACCUAUACACUAGCUAUAACUAACGUUAUAGUCUAGCUAAACAAAUUGAGGGUUUGUCAACAUGGCAAGUGCCUUGGUAGCUAAAAUGGGACUGAACUCACUGAGAAGAAAACAAGCCAAGAACUUCAAUGUCAGGAUCACCACAAUGGAUGCAGACAUGGAAUUCAGUUGUGAGGUCAAAUGGAAGGGAAAGGAUCUUUUUGAUCUGGUGUGCCGGGCUCUGGGACUGAGAGAGACGUGGUUCUUCGGGUUCCAGUAUGAUGUCAAAGAGACUGUAGCCUGGAUCAAGAUGGACAAGAAGGUUUUGGACCAAGAUGUGUCCAAGGAGGAACCAAUCACCCUUAAUUUCCUGGCCAAGUUUUACCCUGAGAAUGCAGAGGAGGAGUUGGUUCAGGACGUCACUCAGCAUCUCUUCUUCCUACAGGUAAAGAAUAAGAUCCUGGAAGAGGAGAUAUACUGCCCUCCUGAAGCCUCGGUGCUGCUGGCCUCCUAUGCCGUCCAGGCCAAGUAUGGAGACUAUGACCCCAAUGUCCACAAACCAGGCUUUCUUGCUCAAGAGGAACUCCUACCAAAGAGGGUGAUCAACCUGUACCAAAUGACAGCAGAGAUGUGGGAGGAGAGAAUCACUGCUUGUUAUGCUGAGCAUAGAGGGAGGACAAGGGAAGAUGCUGAGAUGGAGUACUUAAAAAUAGCUCAGGACCUGGAGAUGUACGGCAUCAAUUACUUUCCCAUCAGGAACAAGAAGGGAACUGAUCUCCUGCUGGGAGUGGAUGCCUUGGGUCUACAUAUCUACGAUCCAGACAACAAAUUGACCCCCAAAUGUUCCUUCCCCUGGAAUGAGAUCCGCAACAUCUCCUACAGCGACAGAGAGUUUGCCAUAAAGCCUCUGGAUAAGAAAACAGACGUGUUCAAGUUCAACUCCUCCAAGUUGAGGGUUAACAAGUUGAUCCUGCAGCUGUGCAUGGGGAACCAUGACCUGUUCAUGCGGAGGAGGAGGGUGGACUCUCUAGAGGUGCAGCAGAUGAAGGCCAUGGCCCGAGAGGAGAGGGCCAGGAAACGGGUGGAGAGGCAGCGGUUAGAGAGGGAGAAGCACCUGAGAGAGGCGGCAGAGAGAGCCAGGGAUGAUCUGGAGAGGAGACUGAUGCAGCUACAGGAUGAAGCCCACAUGGCCAAUGAUGCUCUGCUUCGUUCUGAGGAGACAGCAGAUCUCCUGGCUGAGAAAGCCCAGAUAGCUGAGGAGGAAGCUAAGCUACUGUCCCAGAAGGCUAGCGAGGCCGAGGCCGAAAUGCAGCGUAUCAAGGUGACAGCCAUCCGCUCAGAGGAAGAGAGGAGAAUGAUGGAGCAGAAGAUGCUGGAGGCGGAGAUGAUGGCCCUCAAGAUGGCUGAUGAGUCAGAGAGGAGGGCGAUGGAGGCUGCCCAGCUGAAGCAGGACUUGCAGGAAGCCAGGGACUCUGAGAGGAGGGCCAAACACAAGCUGCUAGAGAUCACCAGCAAGUCUACCUACUCGCCCUCGGCCGUCCCAGGCGAUGCGAUGCCUCCAGACCUGAGCUUCAGCAGAGAGAACCUGAGCUUCGACUUCAAAGACACAGACAUGAAGCGCCUCUCCAUGGAGAUUGAGAAGGAGAAGGUGGAGUACAUGGAGAAGAGUAAGCACCUUCAGGAGCAGCUGAACGAGCUGAAGACAGAGAUAGAGUCUCUGAAGCUGAAGGAGCGAGAGACACCUCUGGAUAUACUCCACAACGAGAACACUGAGAAGGGCACCAGCAAGCACAGUAACUUCAAAAAGCUAACUCUACAGAGCACCAAGACCAGAGUGGCUUACUUUGAAGAACUAUAGAUGUCAUGAGAGACAUGUUUGUAAGUGCGUGCGUGCAUGACUGUGUGUGUGUGUGUGUGUGUGUGUGUGUGUGUCUGUGUCUGUGUGCGCGUCUGUGUGCAUGCGCGUGUGUGUGUCUAUGUGGACAUGUCUCUGGAGAAACCUUAUCACUACAGUACAUUCCCGGUCCACUGUGUGAACCGUACUACGUGGCCUUUGGCUCCAUUUGCUGGGAAAUACUGACCACAACUGCGGUCAAACGAUGGACCACUGCUUCAGUCAAAACUAAUUUCAGGACUGAAGUUUACAUACUGUAUAGGCCAAGAGAGACAAUCAUGUGUUACACUUUAAUUUACAGUCCACUACUACUUACCUGAUAUUUACCUUACAAUAUCCUUACAAUACUUACAAUAACUACAGUUUGUGUUAAAUGUAAUUUGGGGAACAUUGAUAAAAGCACACUAUUCACCAUUCACUAGCAGGUAGGUAAAGUAUGUUUAAUUAUGUAAAAGUAUCAGUAUCCUUACCACUUAAAUAAUGAGUAUUAACAGAUAAAUACCACUGAAACAUGACAGUAAAAUAUUAUCAAAUCAUGUGUCACGUCACUUCAAGUCUCUGGCUGCCGUAAGUUAAUUUCUGUAAAGGUGUUCUCUAGGACGAAGGUACAGUACCAAGUGCACUAUAUUCUGUUCUACCCUUUAAAAGCAGAGUGGUAUAGCCUUUGAACUCAGAGUGGGUGGUGCUUUGAACUAGAUGAAGGAAUGGUAGAGUAUUACAGUACAAUUAUCCGGUGUACAUCUAGCCCAGUUUUCCUGAAUCCUGAUCCUAGGGACCCAAAGCGGUACACAUGUUUGUUGUUUUGCCCUAGCACUAACACACUUCAUUCAACUAAUCAGCUCAUCAUCAAGUCUUUGAUUAGUUUAAUCAGUUAUGUUAGUGCUAGGGCAAAAACUAAAAUGUGUGGGGUGAACAUUUGGGUCCCCAGGACCAGGUUGGGAAACACUGACCUAGCCUAUCGUUGGUACUUUUGGGAAUAAUGUCAGGGUUAUGUUUUUUUUUAGCUCUUUGAACAAACUUGAGUUUGCAUUCCAUUCCAUUGUAUUGAUCUAAUACAGUGCAUUCGGAAACUAUUCAGACCCCUUCACUUUUUCCACAUUGUGUUACAUUACAGCCUUAUUCU